AUGUCGCUCGCCCUCUGGAUCGGGGUGCCGCCGCCACCGAUCUGGGAACCGCCGCCACUACUCCGGAUCGAGGAACCUCCGCCACGCGCGUCGAGGUCAUGGAGUUACGGCCACCGGUUGGGGAAUAUUCUUCCAAUACGAAGGAUCUCUGGGCUCCAAAAAAACACCCGAACUCAUCCGCUCGGGAGCACAUCGCGUCUCCAUUCCUCUCCCAGGGCAGGUGCAAGGAUUGCAAGUAUUCAGAGAACAAAAAAGACUUCAGAGCUUAAGGAUGAAAGAAACAAGGGUGAUGAUGAAUUUAUAAACAAGCCUCUUCCCUACUAUGGCAACCUUGCUACAAUUUUUGGCAAUAGUGUUGCAUCAGGACGAUUUGCAAAGACAUCAAAUGACCCUCUUGCUGUUGAUGAUGGUGAAGAUGUGCAAAAGGAAGGGUGUAUUGCAACAUCUAGUGCUGUCCAUGAGAAUGACCCUGCAGCAACAUCUGCAACUAAACCAUCCAAGAAGGCCAAGAGGGAAGACAAUGGUACUGAAUUCUUAGUUGAAGCAUUUCAGCAUGCCACUCAAACACUAGCCAGUGCCAUCAAGGAGGCAGCAAACAAACCUUUGCCAGCUGGUUUGUUUGAAGCUGUAGACAAUAUUCCAGGAUUUGAGAUUGCGCACAAGUCCAAGUAUUAUUCUCAUUUGGUUUCUAAUCCUGACAUUGCACAUGCUUUCAUGGAUGUGCCAUUGCUUUACAAGGUCUCUAUGAUUACCGACUUCGUUAAUGAGAAGUUUUAGGCUUUAUGGUAAUCUAAUAAUACAUUUCACAAUUUGUAUGGAUCUAUGUAAGGACCUAUGUUUGUUUGAAACUAUGUAUGGACAUGUGUGUGAUAUGUUAUGAAACUUAUUUUUGACAUAACACUUUUGUGAUGGUUGUAUGGAUGAGUCAUGUGUAAGAUUAUGGAGUAAUUAUUAUACAUUUUAUGAUCUAUAGUUAUAUUUGUCAUCUUAAGAUAUGACUAAUGGUUGUAUGAAUGUGUCAUAUCUUAAAAUACAGAUUGACUAAUGGAGAAAAUUAUCUAUUUGCA